GUGGUAUUUAGCGGGAGCGCGCGGCGGGCUCGAGGACGCGCGAAACGGCGGCGGCGGCGGCGGCCAGGGGGGAGCCGGGGCGGCCGUUGCGGGGCGCGCUCUCGAGCGGCGGCGGCGGCCCAGGGUGUCCCGUCGGUCGCGGUGUGGAGAAGAGGCCGUGGCACUGCCCACGGUGGCGGCUGUUGGCGACGGGGCGCGUUUGAGCCAGGGCCGGGGUCCGAGGCGCGCUCUCCGCCCACAGAAAUGAGCCGUCAGACUGCUACAGCAUUACCUACUGGUACCUCAAAGUGUCCACCAUCCCAGAGGGUGCCUGCCCUGACUGGCACAACUGCAUCCAACAAUGACUUGGCGAGUCUUUUUGAGUGUCCGGUCUGCUUUGACUAUGUGUUACCACCCAUUCUCCAGUGUCAGAGUGGCCAUCUUGUUUGUAGCAACUGUCGCCCAAAGCUCACAUGUUGUCCAACUUGCCGAGGCCCGUUGGGAUCCAUUCGCAACUUGGCUAUGGAAAAAGUGGCCAAUUCAGUACUUUUCCCUUGUAAAUAUGCCUCUUCUGGAUGUGAAAUAACUCUGCCACACACAGAAAAAGCAGACCACGAAGAGCUCUGUGAGUUUAGGCCUUAUUCCUGUCCGUGCCCUGGUGCUUCCUGUAAAUGGCAAGGCUCUUUGGAUGCUGUAAUGCCCCAUCUGAUGCAUCAGCAUAAAUCCAUUACCACCCUACAGGGAGAGGAUAUAGUUUUCCUUGCUACAGACAUUAAUCUUCCUGGUGCUGUUGACUGGGUGAUGAUGCAGUCCUGUUUUGGCUUUCACUUCAUGUUAGUUUUGGAGAAACAGGAAAAAUACGAUGGUCACCAGCAGUUCUUUGCAAUUGUACAGCUGAUAGGAACACGCAAGCAAGCUGAAAAUUUUGCUUACCGACUUGAGUUAAAUGGUCAUAGGCGGCGAUUGACUUGGGAAGCAACUCCUCGGUCUAUUCAUGAGGGAAUUGCAACAGCCAUCAUGAAUAGUGACUGCCUAGUCUUUGACACCAGCAUUGCACAGCUUUUUGCAGAAAAUGGCAAUUUAGGCAUCAAUGUAACUAUUUCUAUGUGUUGAAAUGGCAAUCAAACAUUUUUCUGGCCAGUGUUUAAACUGUUUCAUUCAAUUUCACAGAAAAUAAGGCACCCAUCUGCCUGCCAACCUGAAACUCUUGGUAGGUGGAAGCUAGACACAUGAAGGUAAAUAAAAAGAAAGGCUAUUAAAUACAGGAAACAGUUGCAUGUAGUAACACUAAUAUAUUUAAAAAAUAAGUCAACAGUAAACCACUGAAAAAAUAUAUAUAUACACCCAAGAUGGGCACCUUUUGUAUUAAGAAAGGAAGCAUUGUAAAAUAAUUCUGAGUUUUGUGUUUGUUGUAGAUUGAUUGUAUUGCUGAAGAAUAUUGGGGUUUUUUGUUUUUGCGUGUGUGGGUGUGUGUGAGUGUGUGUGUGCGCGUGCGUGCGUUUUUUUCCUCUAACUGACAAGCCAUCUUGAGUGGUCUUGGACCACUGCUUUUCCCCUUUGUGAUUCAUUACAUAGUGCUGCUGUUUUUUUGUGUGUGUAUUUGCUAAUUUUUAUUAAUUGUAGUUUUUCAUUAAAUAAAUUUGACUUUCUUUUCUGUAAUUCAGGCUUUUACUCACUUUUUUUGUACCAUUUUAAAGUUAGUGUCUUUUGAUAUGUAUACUUGUUUAUGGUAAAGUUUAUGUGUUCUGACAUACAUUUUCUUUCCCCCCAUUAAUCAGUUCAUUAGAAAUAUUUUAAACUCAGCUAUUUUGUGAAGAUAUGAGUUCCAGAAAGGAAAGGUGAUAUCAGAAAAAUUUUCAAAGGCUAUUUAAAGCACUUAUAAGAUGGUCUCAUGCUCUUUUUUCUCUUCUCCAAUUAAGUCAUAACUUUAAACUUAAUCUUUGAGAGGUUAGGGAAUAAAUUGAUUUUUAUAAAUACUGAAAAAAAAUCAGGCUUUUUUCUUUUUUCAAAAUCUUAGACAAAUCACGUUAAAAAUUUGUUCUUGUAUUUAUUGGUUUUGCAAAAGAAGGCAUCGUCAUGCACAGUAUUUGUAAUUAAAAAACAAAUCAUUUGUUUAAAAAAGGCAGUUUGCAAAAAAGGUAUGUUUUUGGUCUUUUAUAAUUCUCAUUAAAAGGAUAUCUGGCAAAUU